AUGCUAAUGGCCAGGAUAAAAUAUCAUAUACUGCCGAAGCUGAGCCCAAAACAGUACGGGUUCAUGCCACAAAAAAGCACCGAAGACUCCCUCUAUGACCUGAUGAAACAUAUAACAGCCAAACUAAAUGAGAAAAAGCUUAUUACAAUAGUAUCGCUUGAUAUAGAGGGAGCCUUCGAUAGUGCAUGGUGGCCUGCCAUCAGACUGAGACUGGCAGAAAAUGUUGGCAAAAAAAACAUAAGCAGAGUUAUAAAUAGUUACUUAGACGAGAGAAAGGUCAUGGUCAGAUACAGUGGCGAGCAGUAUACAAAGAUAACCAAUAAGGGGUGUGUACAGGGCUCGAUAGGAGGACCUGUAUUAUGGAAUAUACUCCUCGACCCUCUCUUAAAGGAUAUGGACAUAAUGGGUCACUAUGUGCAGGCAUUUGCAGACGAUAUCGUGCUGGUUUUUGACGAGGAAACAGGCCAGGGAAUAGAAAGACGUGCCAAUGCAGGUCUUGAACAUGUUCGGGGGUGGGGCAUCGAAAAUAAGCUACAAUUUGCACCGCAUAAUACCAGCGCUAUGGUGAUUACACGCAAGCUGAAAUUCGAUGCCCCACAACUGAGCAUGGGCGGGAUAAGCAUUGGCAUGUCAAAGGAGAUCAAAAUACUGGGGGCCACCGUUGACCAUAGGCUAACUUACAAUACACAUGUAGCUAAUGUUUGCAGAAAAGCCAUAAAUAUUCACAAACAGCUCGCAAGAGCAGCUAAGGUGAGCUGGGGCUUACAUCCGGAGAUAAUUCGCACGAUUUAUACGGCUACAGUCGAGCCAAUAAUUUUGUACGCGGCGAGCGUAUGGGUGACGGCCGCCGACAAAAUAGGCAUACGAAAGCAAUUAGGCGCGGUUCAACGCGGGUUUGCUCAAAAAAUGUGUCGACCCUAUCGCACAGUCUCCCUAAACUCGGCACUGGUGCUAGCCGGAGUGCUCCCGCUGGACCUUCGUAUACGUGAAAUGGCUUCACUGUACGAGGUUAGGAGGGGGGUGCCCCGGCCUGAACUAAGAGGUAGGGAGAUUGAGCAAAUGGCACCAGCUACACGAGCACCUCAUCCCGCAGACCAUAUAACUCUGAAGUUCAUGAGCCUGGUGGACCAGGAAUCAGUUAACGCAAACAGCGACUAUGCCGUAAAGAUAUAUACGGACGGCAGCAAGAUUGACGGUAAGGUUGGUGCCGCACUAUCCAUUUGGAGUGGUGCGGUAGAAACCAGACCCGUCAAACUUUGCUUGCCGUCCUACUGCACAGUCUACCAGGCAGAACUGCUCGCGAUAUGUGAAGCAACUAGAUACAUCACAAAGAACAAUGCGUCUACAUACGGGAUAUAUAGUGAUUCGACUGCGUCCCUUCAAACUAUUACCAACCUCGCUUCCCUUCAUCCCCUGGCAGUAAAAACAAGAAAGAAUUUAAAAACAGCUUCUCAACAGAACAAGGUUGUAGCCAUGUACUGGAUCAAAGCCCAUGCGGGGCUGGAGGGGAACGAGAGGGCCGAUUAUCUUGCCAAGGAGGCCGCACUAAACACCAAAAAGAAACCAGACUACGACCUUUGUCCGGUGUCAUUCGCAAAGCGAAUACUCCGUAUGGAAUCGCUUUGCGAGUGGAACAAAAGGUACGGGUCUGGCGAAACGGCAGGGACUACAAAAAUAUUUUUCCCGGAUGCGGUCGCCGCGUACAGAACCAUCCGCAAAUUUGAGCCAACCAACAUAACAACACAAAUAUUUACUGGGCACGCCUCCGUGACACGCAAGCAAACUACCAACCCCAAAGAAAUGAUCCCCACAACCAAGCCUGCUCUGAUAAUCUCACCAACGAAAGAAGUUCACAGCCCUGCUGAAAUUCUACAAAAAUGGAAAAAGUAUAUUUCCUUCCGAGACACCAACUUCUCCCCUGCGAGCGUCAAAUAUGUCUCCAAUAACAAACUCAGAGUUGAGUUUGAUACUGAAGUUCAAAGAGAUGAAAGUGAACAGCAAUGCAGCAGACAUCAAAGCUGA